ACUUGCGUGCGGCUGUUUGUUUGACACUUUUGACAAAGUGUAAAUUUUGGGUUGUGUUUGUGUUAUUUCCUUUAAAAAAAAUUCAGUAGGUUCAUACACUACCUAAAUAAAUUAUUACGAAGAAAAUUUUUAAAGUAAAGCAAUUAAGAAAAUCAUUGAAAUGGAAGAAGCAGACAACAAUAAUGAAGAGAAGAGAACUAAGUCUCGCAGUCCCUCGCCAGAGAUCAAAUCAACAGCAGUGGUGAAGUACACUGCAUUCCAGAGUCCAGUGGGGUAUGCUCGUCUACAGUGUAACACCGAUCUCAACAUGCCACCGUCUAACUGGGGAGCAGCCAUCGACUCCUACGGACUUAAGCAGAUCUUGACUAGAGGCACAGGGCUGUCCAGUUUUCGAAUGGCUCACAUGUUCCCGGACUGUGUGGGUGAGGUCGAUGUCAUAUCUGGUGCUGAAUGUAUCAAGAAAUUGCUCAAGUUACCUUAUCAGCCCAAUGGCACUGUUAGUAUGAUGGUGCACCGGGUCGAGAAUACCCUGCUACUGGACGAUUUCGACGUUUACGACUACCUGAUGAAGUCUGAGUGGUCUUGGCUGAAGGACUUCUUUUACGAGAACAUAUUAAAGACUAUGUCUGAACAGGAGCGCACGUUGCUCCGCCUGGGCCCGGCGAGCAGCGCGCUGACCCACAAGUUCCUGUCGCACAGCGUGGCCGAGCCCCCCGCCGCGCCGCCCCCGCUGCCCCCCGCGCCCGCCUGCAUCACCGGUCCGUUUCUCCCGGAGCCGGAGACCAGGCAAGAAGAGCCCCCUAAUGUCCACCUGUACAACAGAAACGUUCUAUGGACUUUCGAGGACAUUCACAUGCUGAUCGGCAGCGACCUCCCGAUCUUCGGCGACAAGGACCGGCCCUGCGUCAGUCUCCGGCUGCGCGACGCCCGGGAACCCAUCAACGUGCUAACCGGGAUCGACUACUGGCUGGACAACCUGAUGUGCAACGUGCCUGAGGUGCUGAUGUGCUACCACUUAGAUGGUAUAGUCCAGAAAUACGAGCCGAUGAAGACCGAGGACCUGCCCAACAUGGAGGAUUCAAGGUUUUCGCCGAAAGUCAUAAGGAACGUUGCCCAGAACAUACUUUCGUUUUUGAAGUCGAACGCUACGAAAGCGGGUCACACGUACUGGCUCUUCAAAGGGCCUCACGACGACGUGGUCAAGCUGUACGACCUCACGUCGCUGUGCCCCGACACGCUGGACAACCCCUUCACGACGCCCGUGGCCAUGCUGCUGUACCGGGUCGCCAGGAAUAUGAGGCUGACGAACCGCACGAAGCACGUGCGCCAGCUGCUGGAGCACGUGGUGGAGCUGCUGAAGGUGGAGAGGUACCCGCAGAUAGUGGCCUCCUCGCACUACAUGCUGUCCGACCUGUACGUGCCCGCCACCACUAACCCGGCCUGCCCAGACUUCAAAGAUGAAAACUCCGACUCCGACAACGAAGAUGCCGAUUUCAUGAGCCCGGAGUAUUCCGAUAGGGGACAGAUGUACGAAAACUUAUCCACUGAUAAACCUGCCGAGGAGAAAGAGACACAAGAUAAGAACGACAAUGAGUGCGAGAAAGAAGAAGCGAUAGAGAAGGCUCUCGCCGUGCAGAUCAGGGGACUGGAGCUUAGAGAUAUCGGGGAUCGCGUGAGGAACAGCAUCGGGGAGGAGAAAGGGAAGGCGUCGGGCUCCAGCGGGCUGGGAGUGGCCGUGCCCGCGCGCUGCGGCCGGGCGCUCCUGCACGCGCUGCGGGGGCUUCUAGCUCUGCACAACGUCACCAUCGACAAGUGCAAGCAGGAGGAGAGGGAGCGACUCAAGCAGCAGAUCAUCGUCGAAGAACAACACCCCAAAAUGGCGAACCCAUACGAACCGAUCAAAAUGAACUACGAGCCAAUCAAUAAAGAGCUCAAAGAACGCUCCCGGGGCCGGAGACGUAAACGAGACCGAAAGAACAGCGAGAAGACCAAUAAGUUGAGCGAAAAGCCGCCCGAUACGAGUGGCUCGUUAGUGGAAACGAAACCCAUAGACAAGAACGCCAUUUUGAUUCGGAAGGAGAAGAAAGUGUUUCCGUCGUGGCACGAACCGAACAGGGACGACAACUUUGCUUGGAAGCUACAUCUGAAAACGUUGCUGUAUGAGAAGAUAUGCUUAGCGUGCGCCACCCUCGCUGAGUACAGCUACGUCAACGAGCAGUACGGCUUCUCCUUAAAGUACAUCGAUAUAGCAUCCAAGUGCCAGAAGCUGCUGAGCAACAUGAUCAUCAAGAGUAAAGUGGUGGACGCCAGCUGCCUCCUGGGCAGGGUGGGCGAUAAUUAUUUUCAGCUGAGCAAGCACUGGGGGAGUCUAGACACGUACAGGAAGCAAUUCGAGACGGACCACGACACGGACAGCGGGCUGAAGGCGGAGAUCGAGAGCGACAUGACCGAGGAGGUUGAAGGUGUCGCUUCGGAUGACUUUGACCUAGAUAUAAGCUUACCGACGAGCGAGACCUCAGCGAUGAUUAUGUCGUGUGACUACUACAGGCGCGCCGUGAGGGUCACUCACGACAAGAGGGAUGAGCUGCUGAGGAGACUGGCCUCGGUCCUUAACGAGCUCGCCGUCAGAUACAUGAACGACGCCCAGCAAAUUUACAUGAAAUAUGCCGAGGAAACGGACCAAAAAGCGCCCAAAGCUAAGCUACUGUACAAGCAGUUCCAGACCAUGUCCAAGAAAUCAUUGGAGUGCCUGAACGAAGCCACCGAGACGUUCCGAAUGGUCAAUGACAUCCCGAACCUGGCGCUGCUGUACUGCAACAAGGGGAGAUACCUCAGGUUCAAGGCGCAUUGCGACCAAGGGGGCUUCAACGCAGAGAAGCGCAGCCUGUACAGCCAGGCCGAGGAGUUGUACCAGGCGGCGCUGCGGCUGCUGGGUCCGCGCGAGGCGUGCGCGUGGGGCAGCGUGUGGGAGCUGGUGUGCUGGGAGCUGUCCUGCCACCUGUACACGCGCGCCGUGCUCAUGCAGGACCAGCCCGGCCUGUACGCGCUGGAAGUUCCCGAGGUGUCGGAGGCGUUCAAGCACGCGCUGAAGUACUGCCCCACGAGCCCCGGGCCGCGCCAGUACCUGUACCAGUUCCGCGCCGCCAUGAUCUACCACAAGCUGGGCUCCCUCUACCACGCGCAGUACAGACUGACGUCAGAGGACGGUCCCCGGCGGCGCACCCUCGUGAGCAGCACGAGCUCGUACUACGCGCAGGCCGCCAACAUGUUCGCCGCGCUUGAGGACGCCGCCAUGUUCCUCACCGUGCAGUGUGAGCACGUCGCGCUCAUGGAGACUCAAGCCGCAGUGUCGCCGAACUUGAAGCUGAAAUCUCUCCAGACGGCCAUACAGCUGCUGCGGCAGUGCCAGUCCGUGAUGCGGCUGCUGAGGGACCGCGCCCCGGAGGAGCAGCCUCCUCAGCGACCCGAGGAGGGCGAGGAGCGCGCCACCAGCUCCGAGCGGAGUCUCCUGGCGCUGUACGAGAGCCGCCUGCACCACGCGCUGCGGAGCGCCAUCCAGUACUGCCGCGCCAAGGCCAACAGGGACUACGAGAGGCUCGCCCACAUGUACAAGAGCCUCUACAGCGCCAGUCUCAAGAUACAGAAGAGCGACGACGUCAAAGCCUUCGCGGCCAGCAUAUGCGACGUCUUGAUGUCCAUGGACAGCAUAUGUAAAGAAUACGAAUAACGUAAUGUCUGACAAUUGCCCGUGGUACAGAGAGGCGACGACGUUAAGGCCUUCACCGCCAGUACAUGCGAUGUCUUGAUGUCCAUGGACAGCAUAUGUAAAGAAUACGAAUAACGUAAUGUGUGAUAAUUGCUCAUGGAGGGCACAAUGCCCACAUGCCUCAAAGUGUCUCAAGACAAAAUCGUUUUAUGUUGCUUAGUAGAUUACGUCCCGGAAGAAACAGAGUAUGCUCUAUGACCCGUGUUGGCUGGCGACAUAGCCUAUCAUCAGUAAACCGCGUUUUAAGUUACAUAUAUUUACUAAAAAAAAAUCGAGUCGAUUCAACAACACGAGAGCUUUAACAACGGAGAAUGGUCUAUAAUAACGACGGAUGGAAUCGGAAAUGUCGUAACUUACAUUUUGGGUUUAACGACUUUUUACCUUAUUAUAUUAUAUUUAAGGUUCUAGUGUCAAGUUGAGUUUUUUAAGUUACGACAAUUGCGCUUUCUUCCUUCAAUAUAUAAAUAUGUACUUACAUAUGAAAACACAAAGACCCAUUUACCGGUAUGUUUGUUGGCGCUUUUCCUCAUUUUCUUCGCAUUCUUCAUUCCUAUCGCUGAGUCUGUGUGAGCUAUUGGAAAGUCCGUUUUUAUAUUUUCAAAUAAUUUAAUAGCAAAACAAAAGAGAAAAUGGAAUACAUAAAAUGAAUUCAAGGUUUGAGGUGUCAGCGAUUGCGAAUCAAUAUUGGUUAGCGGACGGACGUUAGUUUAAUUAACUAUUGAUUAAACUUUUAAUAAGAACCAAAGCCCGCAAUCGAAAUCGAAUUGACUCGCCGGGGCGUUGACCUCGCGCGUCAGCUGAACUGCGUUAAAUGAUUAUGAAAAAUCGUAUUGUGUAUGUCUCGUUUUUGUCGAUGUUCCAAACAAUAAUUAAUUAAUCGAAUGGAUAUGUGUGAGUGGAGAAAUCUGCUCUUAAAUUUCGGAAUAGGUCCACAGAGGCAGCGUAAUUACUAAUAUUACUAUAUCCAUUUAUGUUUUAAUUACAUCUUAGAAACUUUAUUCUCUUCGAUGGAUAUAUCGAUAAUAUCGUAUCAGUUCUCGGAAAUACUAUCUAUUCUAGUAUCCGUGAACGAAUCUAAUACUUGCUCUAAACAGUAGCUAUUCCCCUUUGGAACUCAUCUCAGAAACUUUACGGAUUUAUCCGAUAAUAUCGUAUCAGUUCUCGGAAAUACUAUCUAUUCUAGUAUCCGUGAACGAAUCUAAUACUUGCUCUAAACAGUAGCUAUUCCCCUUUGGAACUCAUCUCAGAAACUUUACGGAUUUAUCCGAUAAUAUCGUAUCAGUUCUCGGAAAUACUAUCUAUUCUAGUAUCCGUGAACGAAUCUAAUACUUGCUCUAAACAGUAGCUAUUCUCAAAAUUUUCGAAUCGAUUUUCAGUUUAUUUACUGGUGAUGGGGUAUUCUUCCCUCGUACCGUCAAGUCGGUUAGGAGGUUGAGGGUAUGGUCGCUGUGUUAUUGAGACUUGGAUAGCAAGGAAACUAAUAUUUUAAAAAUAAUCGUAUAGCAAAUUACUAUAAUAGCCGGCAAACUUCUUGAGCAUUUGUUGACGUAGUGGGGGUAAGUUUGCGCAUGGUACACUCACGUGCAAAAACAUUAUUUACUCUGCGUCAUAAUGCAAUUAAAUUAUUAAAAUCAACAUAUGUAUUUUUUUAUAUAUUUAUUAGAACAUCAACAAAAAAUGUAGGUUAAUAGUUGUAAUAAUUUAAUCUUGGGGUAAAAUACAUAGAUAUUCCUUCUAUUAAGUCAAAACUAGAGCCAGGUCUUGGUUCAGUUGAAGCGAAGCUGGUAUUUGUAUAUUUUUUUUUCGUUAUCAUGAUUUUGACCAUCAUCAUCAUCACUGUUUUCAUCACCCGAGUCGCUAUCAUCGUGAUUAGUCAACAUAGGGCUCAUCGGUGUAGUUUACAACUCGGUCGAUUCGAUCUUCUUUUUUGUCUAUAAUUAAUUAUUUUUUGAAGAUAUUCGAUUCGUAGUAAUCGAAUGUUACUUUUUUCAAUUACCAGCUUCCGAUUAUUUUCUGUUCUUUUUUUCCAUCUAAAGCCUAGCUCUUUCAUAAUACGUCGUAAGCUUCAUUCCGAGCCAUUAAAAUUUAUAUCUUCUUUAAAAUUUUCGAAGUCUUUCUACGGUACGGAGUUUCGAUGCUUGUUAUGUAGUUAUUAUGAUUACAUCUUUUUAUUACAGAUUGAACGAAACUAUCCAUUCCGGUAACUUUCUUCUUCCCUGAUCUUUUCUUACCCGGAGUCCGCAACACGGCGAGCAAGCCAGAGCCUUUAGCUUCCUUAAUAAUGCACCUAACAGUCCUCACUGAUGGUUUUGUUACUUCUGAAGUCUGUUUUAAUUUUUCCAUAUCAUUCUUCCCCUGUUUUAUAAUGAAGCAAUAUACGUCGUACACAAUUUUUCUACCCUUUCUUUUGAAUACUACACCGGUUUGUCGCGGUAUAGUGUAUGUUUUAUAAAAAAUCAACAAACACUCCACAAAUAGCAAUGGCAACAAAGUCCACAAGUAAUUAUAACAAAUAACUUAACGAUUAAUAACGAUAGACUUUAAUAAUAUAAUAACUUUCCACUGUACGCAAGCGUACUUUUGGGAGCAAGCGGAAUGAGGGCGCGGUGCGGGGCGCAAGGUUCGACUGAUCUACCAAUAACGCGCUCGAGACGAUUUCCCCUGCCGUCGCGCCUCACCCUCACCACCAAAGUGAUCUAAAAUUCGGUUCUGCGCAGUCAAGGUCAUUUGCUCAAGAUGUUUGCCGGUUACUAUAACAGGUAUUUGCUUGUUACUUGCGAGAAGCCGAACGUGACAAGGUCGUCAAAAACAUUGUUAUUGACAUGAUUAAUGUGCAGUAAAUUAAUCAAAUAGACUAGUUUUAUGAUCUGUGUGUCCGAAGACUGUUAAUGUAGUUAAUGUGUUAAUAUAGUUGUAAGUUUUGUAGUUAUGUGAUAAAAUAUAUUUUUGAAUAUU